AUGGCUCGUUUUCUUUUACAAAUACUUAUUGUACAAUUAAUAUUCAUCGGUAGUAUCUCCGGACUGUUUUCAUCAAAAGUAAAAAAUGCAACUAAAUAUGAGCUUCGACAAAAAAUUCUUACACUUGGCUCAUCUUAUACAGUUAAAGAUGAUCAAGAUCAAUCGAUUUAUAAAGUUGGUUUUAAAAAAGUCAGCCUUGGUAAACAUCUUCAAUUAACUGAUGUUAGUGGUGAAAAGGAAUAUUAUGCUAUUAAACAUAUUCUUAAUCCACUUGGUUUAGCAAAAUAUGAAAUUCGCCAAAAUGAUACAGUUGUUGCUGAGGUUAAUCGUAAAAUGAAUCUUCUUGGCGGUAAAAAAUUUAAAAUAAAAUCGAAAUAUGGUAAUUUCAAAAUUGACGGCAAUUUUGGUUCACAUGAAUUUACAAUACAAAGAGAAUAUAAAAUUGUUGCUACUAUUUCAAAGAAAUUCUUUACAGUUGGCGAUAAAUAUGAUGUGAAAAUAGAACAAGGUCAAGAUGUACCAUUUAUAUUGGCUUUAGCUAUCAUUGUAGAUGAAGUCGCUCAUGAUUAA